AUGGGAAAAAAUAAUAUUAUUAUUUUGGCGGCAUUAUGCUUCAUCAAAGUGAACGCUUACACUGUACCCCCUGCGAAGCUGGAAGCCAUUUAUCCCAAGGGACUAAGAGUGUCCGUCCCAGAUGAUGGCUUCUCGUUAUUCGCUUUCCAUGGAAACCUUAAUCAGGAGAUGGAAGGCUUAGAAGCUGGUCAAUGGGCGCGAGACGUCACCAAACCCAAAAAUGGAGUCUGGGUUUUUAGAGAUCGGAACGCUGAACUAAAAUUGGGCGAUAAAAUAUAUUUUUGGACCUACGUUAUUAAAAAUGGCUUAGGUUAUAGGCAGGAUAAUGGAGAAUGGACUGUGACAGAGUUUGUCGACGAGGAAGGUAAACCUGUGGACGGUAAUGUGAUACCCAUUGAGACACCUCGACCAGGUCCUGGGCCUACGUCUGCUCCUGUAACCCAGGUUCCUAACUGCCUCCGCUCUCAAACUUCUGUACAAGGCCUCCAAGGCGUGUGUCAGGGAUCACUUAUUUUCAGUGAAGACUUUAGUAAACCUGACCUAAAGAGUCUCUCAAAUUGGGAAGCAGAAAACAUGUUCCCUCAAGAACCUGAUUAUCCAUUUAACGCCUAUUUAGCUGAAGGAGCUGUUAGCGUAGUUGAUGGUGCACUAAAAAUCAUGCCCAGCCUCACAGAAUCACGUUUCCAAGAAGAUUUUCUUUACGAAGGCACUUGGGAUUUAACAAACACAUGUACAGGAAAACUGGGUUCGAGGGAGUGCACUCAAAAGGCAUCGGGAGCUCAAAUUCUGCCACCAACAAUCACUGGAAAGGUCUCGACUCGAAAUCACUUCAACUUUAAAUUUGGCAAAAUUGAAGUACGCGCAAAGGUGCCAGCGGGCUGCUGGUUAAUACCAGAAAUCAAUUUGGAGCCUCGUGAUAACGCGUACGGUAGUCAACGAUAUGAAUCAGGUCUUAUUAGAAUAGCCUAUGCUAAAGGUAAUCCAGCAUUCGCCAAGAAGUUGUACGCAGGACCAGUUCUUUCCGACACCGAGCCAUACAGAUCAUACCUUUUGAAGGAAACUGUUGGAAUUGAAAAUUGGAAUAAGGAUUUCCACAACUACACUUUAGUUUGGAGACCGAACGGUAUCCAGAUGUACGUAGAUGGUGAGCUUUACGGUGAUGUGACUCCAGGAGAAGGUUUCUACUCGAGCGGCAGAGACCAUGCGGUGCCGCACGCAGCUAUGUGGCUUAAAGGAUCUGUUAUGGCACCAUUAGAUCAAUUUUUCUACAUCUCUCUCGGAGUUCGCGUUGGAGGUAUACAUGAUUUUGCUGACAGUAGCGACAAACCGUGGAAGAACCGUAACAGUAAAGCAACUUUGAAGUUCUGGGAAACAAAAGACUCUUGGUAUCCAACUUGGAUAUCCCCAGAAUUGAUUGUGGACUUCGUUAAAGUAUACGCUUUG